CUCUGUCAGCAAGCAGCGCGGGCCUCUCGCGGCUGCCCAGCCCGGCGGCUCUCGGCCGGCCGUCCCCUCCCCGUCCGGUGCAGCGAACCCGGAGCAACCUUGGAUUUGGAUGGACCCACGAAGUUAAGUUCUGGGCUCGCGCUUCCACUCCGCCGCUUCUUCCUGCCGGUUUCCGUUCGCUCGCGGCACUGACUCGGCCCUCACCCCGCCACUUCCACCCUUCACCCCGAGGAUCCCGAACCGGGCCCUUUGCGCCCUCUCCGACCCGCGCAGGCUCCCCCCUCCCCUCCGCCUCCAUUCUCGGGUCUCCGGCGGCUGGGGGAGGGGCGGGGGUCACCAUGGCCGAAGCGCCUCAGGUGGUGGACGUGGACCCGGACUUCGAGCCGCUGCCCCGGCCGCGCUCUUGCACCUGGCCGCUGCCCAGGCCGGAGUUUAGCCAGUCCAACUCGGCCACCUCCAGUCCGGCGCCGUCGGGCGGCGCGGCCGCCACCAACCCCGACGCCGCGGCGGGCCUGCCCCCAGCCUCGGCGGCCGCUGUCAGCGCCGACUUCAUGAGCAACCUGAGCCUGCUGGAAGAGAGCGAGGACUUCCCGCAGGCGCCCGGCUCCGUGGCGGCGGCCGCAGCGGCGGCGGCGGCGGCCGUAGCGGCGGCGGCGGCCGCGGCGGCCACCGGGGGACUGUGCGGGGACUUCCAGGGCGCGGAGGCGGGCUGCCUGCACCCCGCGCCGCCGCCCCCGCCGCAGCAGCCCCCGGCGCCCGGGCCUCUGUCGCAGCACCCGCCCGUGCCCCCAGCCGCCGCCGGGCCGCUCGCGGGGCAGCCGCGCAAGAGCAGCUCGUCCCGCCGCAACGCGUGGGGCAACCUGUCCUACGCCGACCUCAUCACCAAGGCCAUCGAGAGCUCGGCCGAGAAGCGGCUCACGCUGUCGCAGAUCUACGAGUGGAUGGUCAAGAGCGUACCCUACUUCAAGGAUAAGGGCGACAGCAACAGCUCGGCGGGCUGGAAGAAUUCAAUUCGUCAUAAUCUAUCCCUACACAGCAAGUUCAUUCGUGUGCAGAAUGAAGGCACUGGAAAAAGUUCUUGGUGGAUGCUCAAUCCAGAGGGUGGCAAGAGUGGAAAAUCCCCCAGGAGGAGAGCUGCAUCCAUGGACAACAACAGUAAAUUUGCCAAGAGCCGAGGCCGAGCUGCCAAGAAAAAAGCGUCUCUCCAGUCUGGGCAGGAAGGUGCUGGGGACAGCCCUGGAUCUCAGUUCUCCAAAUGGCCUGCAAGCCCCGGCUCUCACAGCAAUGAUGACUUUGAUAACUGGAGUACAUUUCGCCCUCGAACUAGCUCAAAUGCUAGUACCAUCAGCGGGAGGCUGUCCCCCAUUAUGACCGAGCAGGAUGAUCUUGGAGAUGGUGAUGUGCAUUCUAUGGUGUACCCACCGUCGGCUGCCAAGAUGGCAUCUACCCUGCCCAGUCUGUCUGAGAUAAGCAACCCCGAAAACAUGGAAAACCUUUUGGAUAAUCUUAAUCUUCUCUCAUCACCAACAUCAUUAACUGUUUCUACUCAGUCGUCACCUGGCAGCAUGAUGCAGCAGACGCCAUGCUACUCGUUUGCACCUCAAAACACGAGUCUGAAUUCACCCAGCCCAAACUACCAAAAAUACACAUAUGGCCAACCCAGCAUGAGCCCGUUGCCCCAGAUGCCUAUGCAAACCCUCCAGGACAACAAGUCAAGUUAUGGAGGCUUGAAUCAGUACAACUGUGCACCUGGACUCUUGAAGGAGUUACUUACUUCUGAUUCUCCUCCCCAUAAUGACAUUAUGUCACCAGUUGAUCCUGGGGUGGCUCAGUCCAGCAGCCGGGUCCUGGGCCAGAAUGUGAUGAUGGGCCCUAAUUCGGUCAUGCCAGCCUAUGGCAACCAGGCAUCUCAUAACAAAAUGAUGAAUCCCAGCUCCCAUUCCCACCCUGGACACACUCAGCAAUCGUCUGCAGUUAAUGGGCGUGCUCUACCACACGCGGUGAACACCAUGCCUCACACCUCUGGUCUGAACCGCUUGACCCAAGUGAAGACACCUCUACAAGUGCCUCUGCCCCACCCCAUGCAGAUGAACGCCCUGGGCAGCUACUCGUCAGUGAGCAGCUGCAAUGGCUAUGGCAGGAUGGGCGUUCUCCACCAGGAGAAGCUCCCCAGUGACUUGGAUGGCAUGUUCAUCGAGCGCUUGGACUGUGACAUGGAGUCCAUCAUUCGGAAUGACCUCAUGGAUGGAGAUACGUUGGAUUUUAACUUUGACAACGUGUUGCCCAACCAAAGCUUCCCACACAGUGUCAAGACGACAACACACAGCUGGGUGUCAGGCUAGGCAUGAGCAGGCUACACUUAAAAGUACUUCAAAUUAUCUGACAGCAGGAACUGAGAGAAGCAGUCCAAAGAUGUCCUUCACCCUUCCUUUUAGUUUUCUUGAUUUGGUUAAAAAAAAAAAAAAAAAAAAAUCCUUCUUUUUUUCCUUUCGUCAGACUUGGCAGCGAAGACACUUUUCCUGUACAGGAUGUUUGCCCAAUGUUUGCAGGUUAUGUGCUGCUGUAGAUAAGGACUGUGCCAUUGGAAAUUUCAUUACAAUGAAGUGCCAAACUCACUACACCAUAUAAUUAAAGAGAAGACUUUCAUAUCCCAGUGUGCUUUCAAGUUUUGUAUAUAAGCAGUAGACACAGAAUUGUAUUUGUAUGUGUGUGUGUGUUUUUUUUUUUUAAUAUCCAUUUGGUCCAAGGAAAGUUUAUACUCUUUUUUGUAAUACUGUGAUGGUCUCAUGUCCUGAUAAGUUAAACUUUGGUUUGUACUACCUGUGUUCCGCCGAACUGACGAAUCACAAAGAACCUAGAUCUCUCUUCUGCACCUCCACUGAACAGCUUUGGACCUGGUCAUGAAGCCGCAGGAUUCACAUGAGAACCAAGUAGCCUGUUUUUCAAUCUGCUGAAUAAUGGACUUGUCAAUUUUUUUUUUGGUGGGGGGGGGGGAGAUUAAAUGCCAGCUUUGUACAGGUCUUUUUCUAUUUUGUUUGUUUAUUUUGUUAUUUGAAAAUUUGUACAAACAUUUGAAUGGUUCUAAUUUCUUGAAAAAUGACUUUUGAUGUUAUCGUUGGGACUUGAGAUCAUUUUUGGAAUAGAUACUGAAUUGUAAUGUUUUCUUAAAACUAGAGUCUACUUUGUUACAUUGUCUGCUUGUAAAUUUGUGGAAUCAGGUAUUUGGGGUAACACUUAUCGUUUUCAUUUUGUAUUUCUAACUGGAUUAGUACUAAUUUUAUACGUGUUUUAACUGGUUUGUACACUUUGGGAUGCUAUUUGGUGAUGUUUCAGACUGACCUUAAAUCAUUGUAAUUAGUACUUGCAUACUCAACAUUUCUGAUCCUACCUGGGCAGGAAAGUGAUGUAUAGUUUAUGGACACUUGGCGUUUCGUAUAUAUGAGAACUUAAUAUGUUUUUAUCUAUGUAUUUUAAAGGAAUUUCACAUGCUUCUAUGACUACUCUGUGAAUCAUGUGCACCACGUAGUGUUGAGUCUUUGGAUAGAUGCCUGUGUCUUGCAUUGCUACUGUCAUUCCUGGGAGGCCUCAUAAUGUUUCUAGAUCAGAAUGGGAGACGUGGAUUUGAAACAACGCUCCCUCGUCAGGUUAGGGAGCAUGAUCAGCUGAAUACUGUGGAGUUGAGCUGCAGUGCGCUUUCUCCCUUGUAAUUCUCGGCUCUUUUGGAGUAGAUGGAGGUUGGUUUUUUCUUCCAACCAUAUCUUGAGGAAUCAUGUCCAUACUAACUUUUCAUCCUUCUCUGCCUCUUGUCCAGCAGAGGACUUAGCAUGCUACGGAAAUUUCAGUUGAAGAGGGGCAGUCAUAAAAUGGAACUUGAGUGCUUUUGUCGGCUGCUUUUGUAUUAGUAAAUGCAGAUGGCUACUAAGUGGAAUUCAGCUUGUUUAAACAUGGAGGCGCUUCAUUUAGAAAUCAACAAACCAUCUGUAAGCUUACAUGUUUGAAUAUGUUUGAAAAGGCUUAGCUUCUGUUAAGAAUUAGAGACUUUUCUCCAGCCGUUAGCAACCUAAAUGGUAAUUCUGAUCAUGAUGUUUUAAUACUUCGCAGUUAACUGACAGACCAGGUUAAUUGGCUUUGCAUCCCAUUCAAUCCAUCAAUAGUUUCAAGUCAUGUGGAAUACCCGAUGUGAUCACAAUACAAGGAACAGGUGCAGAGCAGUUGUCCCUGCCUUCUUGGGAAGCCUCUGGUCUCCAUGUACUUAGCCCAGCCCACACAUUUUUGUCUUGUGUGUUAAUUGUAUCUCUGGCCUGCAUGUCUUACAAGGGAACAAGUGUUCCCGAUAGAUUCCCAGCAGUAGGCCAGCUCUUGUAAGCUUCCCUCUGUAACUUUUACUGUUUAGAAAACUUGUUAAAUAGCUACCGCUUUAAAUCGACUGGUUUUAGAAACCUUAAUUCCUCCUAGUAGUGCCAUGCGUGCAUGUGUGUGUGUAGUAGAACUUGCAGGUGCCCAAGUACUCAUGUUCUCACCACUGUUCCCCUUUUGCUCCGUCUUAUUGCAUUACCAUCAUUACCAGCCUCCAAGCCCCCAAUCCCCUGCUUGCUCAUGGAAGAGGCAGUAGCUAAAGUCACUGGCAAAUGAAGUCUGCUUUAUACAGGGACUUUUUAGAAAGACGCUUCUUCCUCCUGAGUGAACACCCUCCAAAGCCCCAGUUUUUCUUGGUGUUGAGAUCCUAAUGGGAAUCCUGGUCGCUCCCUGGGGUACAGUCAAGUCCAGGGAAAGGCUGUUGUGAAAGCGAGCAUUAUGUGGCCUCUGCUAGCUCUUUGUAAGAAUACUGACUUUCUGGAGUAAUUAGUAUACUAGGUAUUGUAUAUGAUUGCUUUGUGGAACGUGCAAAUGGUAUUACCUAUGCAGCCUUGUUUGAUUUAUUCCCUCUGGUUUGUACUGUUAUUAAAAGUAUAUUGUAUUAUAGAGCUAUUCAGAUAUUUUAAAUAUAAAGAUGUAUUGUUUCCGUAAUAUAGAUGUAUGGAAUAUAUUUAGGUAGUAGAUACAUUACUUGGAAAGUUCUGUUUUGACAAACUGACAGUCUAAACUGAUUGGCAAGCAUAUCCCAGUGGAUAGUCAAUCCAUGGAACAUCCCGAGAAGAGGAUGAUGACACUGAAAUUGGAAGCAGUUUUCCAAAAGUAUGCAAUUUGAGCUUGUUCAACUGGAUGUACGUUACCAACAUCCUUCCCUCCCUUUAGCCCCCCUCACCCCCAGAAGCUUGAAAUUCUUAUGUUCAGUUCUUUAAAAGAUCUUAAUUUAUACCUGAUUUUGAAAUGAGAAGGGUUUUUUUUUCUUGUGGCUUUAAUUUGCAAGUAGUAAUUUGGUGGUUCAUGCAAAGUUAGCAGCCUGGCAUGACAGUUGGCCCCCUCAGGUGAGGCGCAGCCUGGCCCCGGGAGUCCCGUGAGGAUGAAGUCAUGCCCGCUCGCAUUUCACUGCCUGAGUGCGGUCACAGUGCAGAUUCCAUGUUCCUGUUCCCAAUACUCUUGAGAAGUGCCUGACGAUGCUGAUGUACUUACAGACACAAGAACAAUCUUUGCUACAAUUGUAUAAAGCCAUAAAUGUACAUAAAUUAUG